AUGACACAUGAAGGAAAAAACCCAAGGAAGCUAGCAUCGUCAGUGGAAUAUAGAAAGAAAAUUGCUGCAACAGUGAUGGGGAAGAAAGAUAAGCUGAUGGGGAAAAUGAUAGAGUUACAGGAGACAUCAUUUGCAUUUAUUCUCGUAUUCCACUUGUUUCUCCGUGCUAAGCUAAUCCAAAGAAUUACAGAAGACUAA